GUUGCUACGUGUACGACCGCAAAGCGGUGAUCCACUCGAUUAAUUUUCAACUCUUUUUACAUAAAGACAAAAAAAGAAAGAAAAAUACUUUAAACUCUUAAGCGAUGGAAUUUUGGAGGAGGAGGAAGGAGAAGGGCAAGGCGAGGGAAUGCUUCCUCAAGACCGGAAGCAUGUUUCUUAAGAAACUCAUAGCUGACUGCAACGGCAUUUCAAACCCUAUCAGAAUGUUCUCUUUCGAUCAAAUCUCCAAGGCUACAGAUGAUCCCAGGUGUUCUAUCCUUGAUGGUUCAUCAGACUUCACCUGGUACAAGGGCGUCAUCGAAGGCAAACCUUACUCGAUCAAGAUAUAUAGAAUGGAAGAGAUGGCUUACAACGAUGUUGUCUUGUCAGCUCGGGUAAGUAAUCACAGUGGUUUCCCCAAACUCAUAGGUUGUUGUCUCGAAUAUCCUCUUCCGGUGUUGGUGUUUGAAGAUCUAGACGACUAUAAAAUUUUGAACGAGAGAGGAAGUGUUGGCUGCGAGGACGCGCCUUUGUUGCCGUGGAAUGUUCGUCUAAAGAUUGCGAAAGAGGUUGCGAUUGCUAUAACGUAUCUUCACACAGCUUUCCCUAGAAUCAUUAUACACAGAAACAUAAAAGCAGAGAAUGUUUUCUUGGAUAAGAAUGGGAAGGCUAAGCUCACUGAUUUCUCGCUUGCCGUAACACUCCCCGAGGGUAAAUCGUGGAUAGAAACUAAAUGGAGUGGAACUUGCGGAUACAUAGAUUCUGGUUAUGUCUUGACGGUCUUGGUGUCAGAGUAUACAGAUGUGUUCAGUUUUGGAAUCCUUAUGCUGGUUCUUCUGAUUGGAAGACCAGGAGGUUUGCUAAUAUCAGAUGGCCGGUGGAAUAUUCCUUCUAAUAUUUCUGAAUGUGUGAAGGAUCUGCAGGAGAGAGGAGAACCUGUUGAACCUGUUCAGAUGAAGUUGUUUCUCGAUCUGGCAUUGAGAUGUUGCGACCGGAGCAGUGGAUACCAGCCAAAGAUGAUCGUGGUGGCAAAAGAGAUUAUGCUCAUAGAAAAAGUACCACUCGAUUCUCAGAUGCUGGAAAAUGUGUCUGAAGAUGGUCAGAUUACACAUUGAGAUUAUGCUCCUCAUACUAGCGGUUGUGUAAUAUAUAUUGUAUAAUGUAGCUGGCUUGCUUAUCUUUUCUUGUAUUUAUGUUUCGGUUGUGUAAGAUGGUCAGAAAGUUUGAUACUCUUUUGUAUUAUGUAUGAACUUCUCAUGACGUUUCUUUAAUGCAUCUCAUACCAUUUCUGCA